UUUUGUUUUCUCUUUUGCAGAUGACACGAUUGGUGCUGCCUGGUAUGGUGGAAAGAUCUAAAGGGGCAAUUCUGAACAUUUCCUCUGCCAGUGGCAUAGCCCCAGUUCCACUGUUGGCCAUCUACUCUGCAACCAAGGCUUUUGCGGAUUUCUUUUCUCAGUGCCUCCAUGAGGAAUAUAAGAGCAAGGGCAUCUUUGUGCAGGUGAGUGGGGUUUGUUUCAAUUGCGUAUCCCUGUUUUUGUGUGGUUUCCACAGCAACUGUUGCCGUCUUGGCAACGAACGAAAAUCACAUUCCUAAGGAAGUGAGUGUGACAUCAGCACACCAUUAAAGACAUGAUUUCUUUCUCUUUUAUGCACUUAAGUCUAGAUUUUAAAAAAUUAUCCCCUAGAAUUCUGAAGUAGGGAU